GCAGGCAGCCAGUUACUAACUUCUGGUUGCUAGGUGUGGCCUUCUUUCAGAUCCUAUAAAAUCAGAAGCCCAAGACUCCACUUCUAGAGUGAACGGCUCAGAGCACAACCUCUCCAGUUGUUUGGAAGAAGGCAGAAAAAACAAUACUUCUUCAACCAUGGCAAUGGUAUCAGAGUUCCUCAAGCAGGCCUGGUUUAUUGACAAUGAAGAGCAGGAAUACGUUAAAACUGUGAAAGGAUCCAAAGGCGGCCCUGGGUCAGCAGUGAGCCCCUACCCCGGCUUCAAUCCAUCCUCAGAUGUUGCUGCCUUGCACAAAGCAAUAACAGUUAGAGGUGUGGAUGAAGCAACCAUCAUUGACAUUUUAACUAAGAGAAACAAUGCACAACGCCAGCAAAUCAAAGCAGCAUACCUCCAGGAAAAAGGAAAGCCCCUGGAUGAAGCUCUGAAGAAGGCCCUCAAAGGCCAUGUCGAGGAAGUUGCUUUGGCUCUGUUAAAAACUCCAGCCCAGUUUGAUGCUGAUGAACUCCGUGGUGCCAUGAAGGUAAACCGCCUGAUUUAAGCAAAACCUCUUUCC